ACACCCAAGCGUACCUCCUCGUGCACUUUGCUCAGACAGGGUUGUGCUUUUAAGCGCGUGUCCGCUGUAAAUUCGUUGUGUGAGCCAAACCGACAAUUCGUCAUCAGUCCAUUCAGUUUCUACCAGACGCAGACUUUUUCAGAGCUCCUGCAAUGGCCUCCGGUGUGAAAGUCACAGAUGAAGUUAUCGCAGUCUUCAAUGAUAUGAAGGUGCGCAAGGCCCAGGCAAACGAGGAUGAGAAGAGGAAGAGGAAGAAGGCAAUCCUGUUCUGCCUGAGCAAGGAUCUCAAGAACAUCGUUCUGGAUGAUGGCAAAGAAAUCCUGCAGGGUGACUUGGGAGUCACCGUUCAGGACCCAUACCAGCACUUUGUCAAGAUGCUGCCCCCAGACGACUGCCGCUAUGCUCUGUACGACGCUACAUAUGAGACCAAAGAAACAAAGAAGGAGGACCUGGUCUUUAUCUUCUGGGCUCCAGAUAGUGCUCCUUUGAAGAGCAAGAUGAUCUAUGCCAGCUCAAAAGAUGCUAUCAAGAGGAAAUUUGAAGGUAUUAAACAUGAGUGGCAGGUGAACGGUUUGGAAGACCUCAGAGAUCGGCACACCUUGGCAGAAAAGCUUGGUGGCUCAUCAGUUAUCAGCCUGGAAGGAUCCCCUAUAUAAAUAGUACUCCCCUCCUCUCUCCAGCUUCAGUUGAGGCCAUUCAGACACAUCUGUUGGGUUUAGAUGUUCAUUCCAGUUUGGCAUGGAGAAGGGCAGAAGCAGAACCAAUACCAUUUGUGGGACUCUCGGGGAGGGAUAUCGUGGGUGGGCUCUGGGUCAAAUGACAAUUUUAAGGAGAGGGGAAAAAAAAAAAAAAAAAAAAACAGGUAAAAAUGAAGACUGUCAUUCCACUUCAUACAACCUAAAGAUUAUAAAUAAACAUACAAAGAAAAAAACAUUUAAGAUACAACUGAUGAAGGAUGAUGAUGAUAAAAUUUAAAUGCACACGUUCAUUUCUAAGGACAGGGUUUUGUUUUUUCCAGAUUCCACUUGAAUGAUUGCAGAGAAAGGGACAGGCAACAUUUUAGUUUCCCAAACACUGAAUCCUGACACUUUUUUUUUUUUGCUAAACUUCUAGUUAAUUUUUUGUAAGUGUGUGUGUAGUUGAGACUAGAUGUAGUAUGAACUAAUUCACACUUGAUUGCACAAGGUGUUACCAAACAUCUUCUGGGUGGGGACACGGUUAAAAUAUAUAUAAUUUUUUUUUGUUUUUUUUCAAUUUGUUUGGGAUUUUUUUUUGUUGUUUGAACAUGCAAUUUUCAAAACUUGAGUGAGUCCUUUUCCAGCUCUGGGUCUAAAAUUCCAUGUAGUAAACAUUCCUUGUACUUGUUAAAUCCAGAAUUUCCAUAUUCGAUUGUAAAGCCUUGGAGCGUUCUGAAGGUCUGGGGACUGACGUGUAUAUGAAGGAGCAGUGGUCUGAGUUUACCGUUGAUUGAAAAUUGAAUGGUGGAUGUUUUGUAUCGUCUCCUUAUCUCUAAUAAAAAGCACUAAACUAC